AUGGAGGAAAGGAGUGAGGAGCCACUGGCCUUCUCUGUCAGGGUCUUCACUCUGCAGGAGGAGAUGACGGCUGAGGAGGCGCGUAUGGACACACAUGAGGAGGAGGUGCAGGUCCAUGCGGAGGUGAGCAGAGAGCAGCAGAUCAGUGUAUGCAGGCAGAGAGGAGAACAGGAGCUCACUUUGCUCCUCACUAAAGGACCGGAAGCUCAGCAGGUCACAGUACAGGAUGGGAACAGAGCAUUAGUCUUCCAGUUCGCUGUUUCCAAAGAGAUGGACUGCUGCCAGGUUGGAGCUCAGUCCUUCCUGGUCACCGUUGGCCAGCUCAGUCUUCUACUGCAGUUUAAAACUCCAGCUGGUUCGUACAGUAUACAUUCAAAUAUAUUCUGCUCAUCGUCCAGGUCGAUGGAAAGCAGAAGACAUAGUAAUUCUUCAUUGUUGUGUGUGUGUGUGCAGUUUCACACAUGUCUGUCCCAGCAGCAGAGCUCGCUUCAGGACUUCCAAAGGACCGCCACCUACCACAGCGCCAUUUUAUUCAAUGAGAUGGACUUCAGAGACAAGGUGGUUCUUGAUGUGUGUUGUGGUUCUGGUAUUCUGUCUUUAUUUGCAGUCCAGGCAGGAGCCACCAGAGUGUAUGCGGUUGAGUCUAACCCCAUGGCCAAAUUUACACAGAUCCUGGUCCAGGGCAACCGUCUGUCUGAGCGGAUCUGCAUCCUAGAAGGGGAGGUGGAGGAGGUCAGCUGUCCUGACAUGGUGGAUGUCAUUGUCUCUGAGCCCAUUGGUUACAUGCUGCUAAAUGAGAGAGUCAUGGAGAGCUUCUUGUAUGCCAGGAAAUGGCUGAAGCCCAAUGGUCUGAUGUUUCCCUCCUAUGGUGAUAUUCAUCUGGCUCCCUUCACUGACGAACAGCUUUACUUCGAACACCACGCACGAGCCAGUUUCUGGCAGCAAAGAAACUUCUACGGUGUUAACCUGAGCGCUCUGCACAGUCCUGCUGGGGACGAGUUCUUCAGGCAGCCUAUAGUGGACCCUUUUGAUGUGCAGAUCCUGAUGGCCAGAUCUGUCAAACACUGCAUCAACUUCAUGGAGGCUAAACAAGAAGACUUGCACAGGAUGGAGAUCCCUUUCGUGUUUACGCUGCUCCAGUCUGGUCUGGUCCAUGGUCUUGCCUUCUGGUUUGAUGUGGCUUACAUGGGAUCCAAGUCAACAGUGUGGCUCUCCACAGCUCCCACUGAGCCUCUGACUCGCUGGUAUCAGGUCAGGUGUUUGCUUCAGACGCCGCUCUUUGCCAAACUGGGACAAACUCUGUCUGGGACUGUCCUGCUGGCCGUUAACAACAGGAACAGCUAUGAUAUCCACAUGACAGCCACAGUUGACCAAUCAGGCUUCAGAUCUGGAAACAUCCUGGACCUCAAGAACCCAUUCUUCAGGUUCUGUGGCGAGAGACCUCCAGAGAGACAGCGAGCUGGAGGUCCAGGGCAGGCAGCAUCUCUCCUUCAAGAUGAAGAAUUCGGAGAACAGAGGUAA